AUGGUCCUGCAACAAUGGAAGAAGAAUAUAGAUGGGACGGUAAACCCUGAUGAUGCCUCAACAUCCAGUGAAAGCAUCACAACCACUCCACUCGGGGUGACGACGUCUGUUGCACCCAUGGGCGAACAGGAUGACGGAAGAGCAAUUGGAAUACUGUCAUCCGAACUGAAGUGCCAGACGGAACACAAACGUCUCAGUGAAGUGACUUCUGUGGAAUCCUGCAGCUACGACGAUAGAAUAGAUAUCCGAGACGGGCUGAAUGUUUCCAUGGGCGGUGGCUAUACAAAGCCCUUCAAGGAGGCAGUCGAGGAAUACCUUCAUCAACAUUACCCUGAUGUUGGGAAAACUCAUUAUUCCCUUCCGUUCGGUUUUCUCCUGAAGGAAGAGGCCUUUCAGAGACUGCUGCAGAACUCAAACGGAGAGGAUAUUGAACUCCCAGCCGACCACACUGCUAUUGCAACUGUGUUCCAUCAAGCUAAGAACAUAUGUGCCCAAAUGGAGAAAUCAUUAUGUAUAUUGACCCCUGAGCAGAAGAAUCUUGUGGAUGAGGAUGAGAGAAUAUCGUGGCUUCUCCUAAUAUCAGGAGGAUCAGGAACGGGAAAGACAAUAGUCGUGAAAGAGAGAGCAAUUCGACUUGCAAAGGGAGACUCAGAGGCAGAAGUAAUAGUCGUUAACAUCGCUGGGGGUCGCCUCACGGAAGACUUCAAGCGCGACUUUCAAGGGAUAACAAAUGUCACGGUGCUGGAUGGAAGGGAAGAUAAUAUUCCAGAAAACCGUGAGGGAGUAUUUUCCUUCCUACGUAGGCAGGGAGAGAAUAAACAUGUACUUCUGGAUGAAGUGCCCUUGACUUUGGGAAUGCAAGGCCUCCAGGAUGAGAGACGUCUUUCAGAAUACUGGGCCCAGAUCUCCAGUAUCAAAGAGGUCGUGAAGAGCCUCACAUUUGCCUUUCGUCCAAAUGAUUCCGCGUAUGGGAAGGACAUUAAUAUCCAGGGAGUCAAGAUCGCAGGAGUUGAAAUUAAAGUUCUUAAAGUGGUGAAAAGAAACACUCGACUCGUGUCAAAUUUAUUCUUGGCCCUUGGGGACUAUUCACGAAGGAUUUUCAUAUGCCAAGAGCCUACUAUGCGCGAUUUGGAAUUUGCUGAAUCAGAGACAGAAUUGCUGCCUACCUUGUUUCCCAUCCCCUCAUGUGCCACCAUUCAUGAAUCAUGCAAUAAUAAAUUAGCAUGUGAGGCUGUUAGAUCCUGCCAGGCCUUACUAGCAAUCUCACAUUUAGAAAUCAUUAAAGACAAGAAGCAACUCUAUGUCGUGGUGGAUAGCAGGGAACGACGCAAUUUCCUGAUGAAUACCUUCAGAUAUAUAUUUGCCAAAAAUGUGAAGUUCAUCGAUUCACGUGGAAAGUUUCGUGGAACGUCGGAAGACUCGUAUGUAUUUAUUACGGAAGAUCAGAUUCAUGGGUAUCACCAGGAAGACGUCAUAGUCAUCCUUGAUCAAUUUGAAUGUAAUUGGAGAAAUUACCUGCGCAUGAUAUCCUCCUGCUACGAAAAUGUGAUCAUUACCAUGGAGGAAGAAGGCAUGGAGACAGGAAAAUAUUCUUCAUUGAAGUUUAGCAUGCCAAAUUCAAUAGGGAAGGUGGUAGUACCAAAAUCGACGAGAGAAAUUUUUGACAAGGGGCUGGAAGAAGCUCUGAAAACAGCAUGGACACAGGAGGAACAUGAGUUGACAUUUUUCCACGAGAAAGCCUAUCACCGAGUGAAUCAUUCCCUCAUCGUGAAGGAAAACAAGUUUCAAUCAAGCCAAGUUGAAAAAUUAUAUUACAAUGGCAUGAGAUCUAAGCCCUUCAUUGUCAUAUUUGGGCCUCCUUCUUCUGGGAAGAGUACCUUCUUGCUGGAAAGCAUUGGACAUCUGGUACAGGACCGCCAAGAAAAGGAGCGCUGUAUUUUGUUUCACAUGGGAAGCGUUCUCACUUGGCAAGUCUCUUUGGAUUAUCUUCAGCCGCAUGCGAACAACUUGGAUCUUGUUAAAUCAGCAACCCUAUUGCCCGAGGAUAUCAUUUAUCACAGUAGAGUGGAUGAAGUAAGGUGGAAGUGUCCGGAUGCAAUCAUUUAUAUUCAUGUCGAUGAUUACUCCAUCCAGGCGAAGACAACCCAGGAUGAGAUUAACUUGUGGAAAGACGUUCUAGAUGACUUGAAGAAUGAUGAAUUGAAGGUGAUGCUUAGGAUCGCCUUCCAAUCACAUUCACGUAGCGGGAGGGAGAUUUCCUUGAAGGAGCUGGAGUCUUUUUUCAAGAAAGAGGGUGUUGAAGUUGUCAAGCUUCCUAACUCAAGAUCUUCUUGCUCUACAAGCAACUGGCUGCUAGGUCAGAUUUGCAAGAAUGAAACACACACCCCUUUACGACUGGAAGCCAAAAGCCUCCCGACAGCUUCCCGUCCGGGGGCUUUGGUACAUGGUCUCAAGCCCAAGAUAUUCAUGAAGUACCACUGCCCGGGUCAACAUAUGGAAUAUACUUGCAAGGGACACGAAAACUGCAUGCCUUAUAUUACAGGGUUUUUCUGCUUUCGUUUCGCGCUCGCACCAGAGGUGAAUCAGGUCAUAUCAGAACGUGAACCUGUUCAUGUGCUGGUCUCCGAUGAAAAAUUAAUUCCCUUAUUGAAGGCGAUGAACGAACGUUAUGACGGACGUCUGGAGCUGGUUCACCCUAAGGAUUUUAGAGGAUGUGAAUCUAGUGCUGUUGUGACGUUAAACGUCGAAGAUUCCUGGCUUCUAGAGAGCAUAUCCAGAGCCCGAACAUCUCUCUUCAUUAUUGACUGCAUGCCAGAACAUCAAAUAGUUUGGCGCACAAUGGAAGAAGAGGGAUGGGUGAACGUGGAUGAAACGACCACAGUUGAUGACACUAACAUCGAUCUACGAAUGCUCGUCUCCCUCAAUAAAGUUGGGGAAUUCUUGCAGGUGAGGCUUUGA